CCGUUCAGUUGAUAUCAGAACUCGCCGGGCUGCGGACGUUCCUCAGAAAAAAACACAUUAACAAUAAAUAAUUAAGAACCUGUGGAAGUGCAUACGGGACAUAUUAUGAGCAAUUAUUAAUAUACAAGAUUUAAAAUAUAAGAUCAAGUGAAAGUCUGUGAUAUAUAUUCAGUAAAGAUGAACAGGAAGCUGCAGAUCCUCUCCAGGCAUGUGCUGAGGCAGCACCUUGGCCUCAAAUCCAUGCGCAGCAUCUCCACGUCGAUGCCCAUCCUCAUCAGUCACAGACACCAUGUGGGCAAGGAAUCCCUGGUUCAUCGCACCAUUGGCAACCAGUUGGAGCUCUCGGCAGCGGAAUUCGGAGACACGGAGGCCAUAGUUUCCUGUCACGAGGGCAAGCGCUACACCUUCCGGAGUCUGAUCCAGGAGGCGGAUGCCCUGGCAGCGGGUUUCCGCAAACUGGGCUUACAGCGAGGCGAUGCCGUGGGUCUGUGGGCACCCAACUACAUGCACUGGUAUUUAGGAAUGAUGGGAGCCGCCCGGGCAGGACUCAUCUCGGUGGGCAUCAAUCCCGCUUUCCAGGGACCCGAGGUGGCCUACUGUCUGAACAAGGUCAAUGUGAAGGCCAUCAUUGCACCGGAGACAUUCAAGACGCAAAACUAUUACGAGAUCUUGAGGAGCAUCUGUCCAGAGCUGGCAGAUGCGAAUGGCGGCAGGAUCCGCAGCGAGAAGUUCCCCCAUCUGCAGUCCGUGAUCAUUGACAGCAACGAUGGCCUGAAGGGUGCCCUCCGCUUCGACGAUCUUCUGGAUCUGGCCAAUAAGUCGGAGCGCGAGGAGGUGGCCAAGAUCCAGCAGGAUAUCCUGCCAGAGUCCCGCUGCAAUAUUCAGUUCACCUCGGGCACCACUGGCAAUCCCAAGGCGGCGUGCCUCUCCCAUAACAACUUUGUGAACAAUGGCAUUCAUGUGGGCAAUAGAAAUGAGCUGGAGGGAGAGAGAAUUUGUGUACAAGUACCCUUGUUCCAUGCCUUUGGCGUUGUCAUUACAAUAAUGGCAGGCUUAACCAAAGGUGCCACCUUGGUACUUCCGGCCGCUGGCUUCAGCCCCAAGGAUUCCCUGCAAGCGAUCGUCAAGGAAAAGUGUUCUGUGAUCCAUGGCACGCCCACGAUGUACGUGGAUCUGGUCAACACUCAACGAAAGCUGCAGGUUCCCCUCGGCAAGAUCAAGAAGGCCAUAACUGGCGGAGCCAUUGUGUCGCCGCAGCUCAUCAAGGAUGUGCGACAAGUCCUCAACGUAGAGACCGUCCACAGUGUCUAUGGUUUGACAGAGACCACGGCCGUCAUUUUCCAAUCCCUGCCCGGCGAUAGUGACGAUAUUGUGCUAAACUCAGUGGGUCACCUGCAGGAUCACAUUGAAGCCAAGGUGGUGGAUGCCGAGGGCAGGUGUGUGCCCUUUGGCCAGCCCGGGGAGCUGUGCGUUCGCGGUUAUACCACCAUGCUGGGCUACCACGGUGACGAUGAUAAGACACGGGAAACGAUUGGCAAAGAUCGAUGGCUACGCACCGGCGACCAGUUCAUACUGGAGGAAAACGGAUAUGGAAGGAUCGUGGGCCGCCUCAAGGAGAUGAUAAUCCGUGGUGGCGAGAAUAUAUUCCCCAAAGAGAUUGAAGAUUUCCUCAAUGCUCAUCCGCAGAUUAUCGAAGCUCAUGUGAUCGGUGUUCCGGACGAGCGACUGGGCGAGGAGGUUUGCGCCUUUGUUCGCCUCCACGAGGGCGUUGAUCCCUCUUCCUUUACCGCAGAGACCCUGAAGGCUUAUAGCAAGGGCAAGCUGGCCCACUUCAAGAUUCCUAGAUAUGUGUUUACGGUCGAAGCAUUCCCCAAGACCACCUCCGGCAAGAUCCAGAAGUUUAAGUUGGUGGAGAUGUUCAAGGAAAGUCUGGACAAGAAACACAAGACCGCCAGAGCUGAGAAUUAGUAAACAAUAUUACUUGUAGUUUUUAGAAAUCGACACAAUAAAUUAAGAUUUUAUAUA